UAUUAUAGUAUUAGGUACAUUAUACAAACUUAAAAAUUAUGGCACAAUACACGAAUAAUAAUUUUAAUGUAUAAUAUUAUAGUAGUUUCUAUUGUAUAGCUACUAAUUAUUUAUACAUCAUAUAACGUAUUAGCGUGAUCGCUUACUGUUGUUAAUACAUUUUUCAUUCAUAAACUGAUUGAAUUUUGCCAUGUUUCUUAAUUAAAUCAAAUUUUUAGUAAUAGUAAGUAUGGACAAAUCUAAUUCUACAUACCAAAUAAAAUGUCUUCCAGCCAUAAAUUUUGUGCAAAAAAUUGGAGUAUAUGAAUCUAAAAACAGAUAUUUUGUUGUUGGAUCCAAUAAUGCUCGUACAAAGUAUCGCAUUCUUAAAAUUGAUCGAACAGAGGGUCAUGACCUGACAAUUGUGGAUGACCGGGUAGAGUAUACUGAACUAGAUAUGAUAAAUUCUUUGAACGUUGGAUUGCACAGGAAUACCAGUCUAAAUAAAAUAGCAUCAGCAUUUGGCAUAGUUGGUUUUGUGAGACUACUAGAAGGAUAUUAUAUGAUUUUAAUAACAAAACGUCGUCGUGUUGCUGUAAUAGGACGUGAAAUCAUAUAUAAAAUUGAAGAUACGUCUAUGAUAUACUUGCCUAAUGAUGCUUAUCGUAUUCCUAAUGUUAACGAACCACGUUAUUUGAAAAUUUUUCAAAGUGUAGAUUUAUCCAGCAAUUUUUACUUUAGUUACAGUUAUGAUGUUACACAUACUCUACAAGUCAAUAUGUCAAUCGCACAAAAUGUUCCAAACGAUUUGUCUGGGGAUAGCGUAUUUGUUACCAGAAGUUGUCCAAAUAAAAUAUUUGUUUGGAAUGACUAUCUAUUAAAAGAUGUACUUGACAAAUUACAUCCAGAUUGGAUUUUAAAUAUAAUGCAUGGUUUUAUUAGUCAAUCAAAUGUUUCAAUUUUUGGACGUCCAAUUUAUAUCACAUUAAUUGCUCGGAGAUCAAAUAGAUAUGCUGGUACAAGAUUUCUGAAGAGAGGCGCUAAUAAAAAUGGAGAAGUUGGAAAUGAAGUUGAAACUGAACAGAUAGUUCAAGAUCAUGGAGCGAGUUGUCAAAAUAAUAUGUAUAUAAGUUCAUUUCUUCAAAUGAGAGGUUCAGUUCCUGGUUUAUGGAGCCAAGAUAUAAGUAAAAUGGUACCAAAACCUACAAUAUCAUUUGAGUUAAUUGAUCCAUUCCAUGAAAUACCUGGUGCUCAUUUCAAUAAUUUGUAUAAAAGAUAUGGUUCCCCAACAGUUAUAAUAAAUCUUGUUAAAAAGCGUGAAAAAAAGGUUCAUGAAUCACAGCUAAGUGAUCAUUUAGUAUCAGCUGUGAAGUAUUUAAAUAAGUUUUUACCACCUUGUCAUCAUAUUCAGUAUAUACAUUUUGAUAUGGCAAGAAUGAAUAAAAGUAAAAAUGUGAAUGUCAUGAGACGCCUUGAUGAAAUUGCGCGUAUGGCAAUUUUUAAAACAGGCAUGUAUAUUAAUUGUCCACGGAUUAUAGAAAAACCUACUUUUGGUCAAGAUAAAAAUGGUACUAUACUUCAAAAUGGAAUAAUUAGAGUAAAUUGUGUUGAUUGUUUAGAUCGUACUAAUACCGCUCAAUUUGUUAUUGGAAAAUGUGCACUAGCUUAUCAAUUAUAUUAUUUGGGAUUAUUGCACAAACCGCAAUUAGAGUAUGACACUGAUUGUGUUAGAUUAUUGGAAGCUUCAUAUGAAGACCAUGGAGAUACUUUAGCUUUACAAUAUGGAGGAUCUCAAUUAAUUCAUCGGAUAAAAACUUACCGUAAAACUGCUCCUUGGACAUCACAAGGCAAUGAUAUUAUGCAAACAUUGAGUCGUUACUAUAGCAACACGUUCUCUGAUACUGAAAAACAAAAUGCUAUAAAUCUAUUUUUGGGAUUAUUUUGUCCAAAUGAAAAUGAGCCUGCCAUAUGGGAACAAAAUUUUGAUUACUAUUUACAUCAUCCAGAAACAACAUCUUUUCUUUCUAAUGAUUGUGUUCCGUUGACAAGAUGGUGGGAUGAAUGUGUUAUGGACUGUUUGCCGUUAUCUUGUAUGGAAAACAAAAAAAAAUACUUAGAAAUAUAUCCAGCCACUUCAUUAAAUAUAGAGGACUAUGAUAGCUUUAGUAACUUCUAUAAAACAGAUGAAUUCAGUGUAAUGUCUGAAAGUUAUGCUUUUGAAAUUAGUCAUUCUGUGAGAGAUUUUAUGCCAAACUGUGUAACAGAUUUUAGUCCAUUUUCUAUGCGUAUUAGACCUGGUAAAAAACGUGAACAAAUCUCUGAUAAAACUAGAAAUCCUUCUAUGACAGGUCAUAGUUCUACAAAUUCAAUCAACUCAAGUAGCAGUUGUGGUAGUGGUGAAAGUGAUGAAGAUAUUUCUUUUUCAAAACGUAUUGAUUCAAUGAGUAUCGCGUCAAAAGAUAAUUCUAUCACAUUUGAUCCUCUACAGACUGAACAGAGUAUCUAUGGAAUUAAUCUAGCAGUUACAAAACCAGCAGAAAUUGCUAUUUAUAAAAAGUAUAUUCUAAUGGCAAUUAAUCCAGCAAGUGUUUUAGUAGUAUCACAAAAUAGUCAAUCUAAAUACAAUAGCUCGUUUAACAUACCUGUGCCAGAAGUUAGUCCUUCAAAUAUAACUCUUUAUGAAUCAUAUAUUGAAAAAGGUCUUAUUGGCGAACCUGUUUGUAGCAACAAAAUGAUUUUUCAAUAUAAAAAUUAUGUUCAAUGUAAUUAAUACACUUAUAAGAUAUUAUUAUUCAUGUACUAUUUUUUAAAGCAAAUAAUAAUUCAUUUUAUGAAACUUUUAUUAUUUUAUAAUUUUAUAAAUGUUAAAAUAUAUAAUACUAAAAAUGUAUGUUUAAUAUUCGUAGACAUAAUAAUGAAUAGAAAUUGAAAAGAUAUAGUCCUCCAAUGUGUUACUGCCUUACUGGUGUUUUAUAUUUUAUUAUAUAUUUCGUUAUAAAUACUUUUAAUAUAGUACAUUAACCGUAUAAAUAAUGUUAUCCCUUAAAUGUGUGUAUAUAGUAAAAAUGUUAUAUAUCUUGCAUAUUUUAUUAUUUAUGUAUACAAUUAUUUUAAUAUAUAUAUAAUUUGUUUUAA